UGAACGAAGUACAUAUUUAUUAGUCUUUACGUUACUUGUCUUAGUGUAAUUUUCAAUACGAGUUAAGUUUAUCUGUGCCUGCAAUUGGAUUAUACCAAUGCCCGAUCAACCAACCAGCUCUUCAAGUCUGGAAGUCGAAGAAGAUUCGUUAGCCACUCCGAGUGCUCCAGAGUUGCCGGAAAAAAAUGGAAAUCCCAAACAGCUGCAGCGUAUGGAAACUGUUCCGGAUAUCAAACGGGAUACAUCCGGUAUUACAACCCAGUACAUAGCUACCGGAAUCGUGAACUUAGGAGCAUUUGCGGCUGGUGCAUGCGUCGCCUGGUCUUCAGCAGCGCUUCCACUGUUGAUAUCAGAACCAUUUGAGAACGAUAACAUCGGCUUGGAGGUACCGAGCAACAUUACACAUAGAUUUGCAUUGACAGAGUCAGAAGCGUCCUGGACUGCAUCGCUGUUAUGUUUGGGAGCACUUUUCGGGGCAGUGCCAACUGGUCUCAUAUCGGAGAACUUCGGCAGGAAGAAAACCUUGCUGUACCUCGCGUUGCCCCUGGUCGUGUCCUGGACUCUCAUUGCAUCAACGCCUAACGUAUACGGUCUAUACGUCGGUCGGUUUGUUGGCGGCGUGGCUGUGGGCGCUUUCAGUGUGGGCAUUCCGCCCUACGUGGAAGACAUCGCAGAAAAGCAACUGCUGGCAACACUGGCCAAUUUCUACCAUGUCCACUUCACUUGUGGGGUCCUUUUUGGAUAUAUUGUUGGUAUGAUACUAAAUCCAUCAUGGCUGUCCUUCCUAUGCGCCAGUGUGCCCGUUGGAUUUUUCGUCGGCUUCAUUUUCCUUCCGGAAUCGCCAGUUUAUCUAAUAUCCCAAGGCAAAUACAACGAAGCCAAAACAGCUUUAAGAUACUACCGAGGCAUCGACAACGAUAUCGAAUCAGAAUUUAAAGCGCUCAAAGAAAAUUUCAGGAACCUUGUAAAAGUUACGUUCAAGGAGUUGUUCAGUACGAAAGCUACCGUUAAAGCUCUGAUUGUAUCAUUCGGUUUGAUGUUCUUCCAACAAGUCAGCGGUAUAUACCCGAUCCUCUUCUACGCUAGCAAAAUAUUCAAGACUUUCUCCAUUACAAGUGAGUUACCAAGCGCUGCAAUUAUUCUUGGCUUCUGCUUGGUAUCCUCAACAUAUUUCUCAACUAUGCUGCUAAAACUGAUCAGACGACGCAUUUUGCUUGUUUUCUCAUUUGUCUUUAUGUCUAUUAGUUUAGGGUUACUAGCAACUUACUAUCAUUUGAAAGCGUCAAAUAUUUGUUCUGGCAACACGUUACCGUUAUUCUGUCUCUGUCUAUUUGUGAGUGUUUACGCUACUGGUGUUGGUCCCAUACCCUGGUUAAUGCUCAGGGAGAUAUUCCCCAAGAAUGUAACGAGACGAGCUACAGCAAUUACGGCAGGCGUACACUGGUUCUUAGCUUUUGGGGCUACAAAACUGUACCAAAAUCUAGUAGACCAGGUCAAGCCUGGGUGGACUCUGUGGUACUUUGCAAUAAUUUGCAUUAUCGGUGCCAUAUUUGUGUAUGUGUUCGUACCAGAGACAAAGGGUAGGACGGUAGAGGAAAUCCAUAAAGAGCUCGAUGGUCAGAAAACUCAUAUACAUAUCAUUGAAUUAAAAAGUGUUACUGCCACUUGAUAAGUAUAGUUGCG